CUCAGUCUCAGUCAGUCUCGGUUCAGCCGCGUCUAGAGUGUACUGUUGUGAGUGUUUGUGUCCCGUGCUGCGGCAUGGGGAGGGAUGCCGUUUAAAUUAAGCAGGAGGGACGGCCGGGCGGGCCUUCAGCCAUUAUGUGCAGAGGACACUUCCUCACAGCUUGUAUUGGACUACUCUUGAACUGGUACCACCAUGGACUUUCCAUUGCAACUGAACCUGGGUUUCUGGACUUUGACAACUUGCCAGAGACCAAUUUCUCUUGUGAAGGGAAGGUGAUUGGUGGUUACUACGCGGACACGGAGACAGGAUGUCAGAUGUUUCAUGUUUGUACCAUCGGUCAAAAAGCUGGUGUUGCAGGUGAAGUGACGGACAUCAAGUUCCUUUGUCUCAACGGUACAGUGUUUGACCAGGAGACUAGAGUCUGCGAGAGGCUGGACGAAGUUGACUGUAGCAAAUCCGAGAGCUUCUACGACCUAAACCUCGAGCUCUAUGGAAACAACCCUGCUGGCUUUGGGAUACAACCGGAGAGUGAGGAUGUUCCAGAAACUCUCUGUGAAGAAGAGGAGGAGGAAGAGUGUAAAACAGAGAAACCAGAGGGUCUAGUGAAGACUCCCACUGAACAAGCCCAAGUGUCAAGUGUUGAGAAGGAGGAGGAAACUACAACUCAGCCUUCGUCAUCCUCCACAACAUCCCGGAGACCUGUGACUUCUACGAGCUUCCCCAGCACAACUCCAACACCGCAGAUCCUCCAGUUCCCCUCCAGCUCACCAGAGACCAUCGCAGCAUUGCUCGCUCUGCACAACGCAUUCACUCAGAGUCUUCAGCAGCACGCAAACAGCAAGGAUAAAAUCAAUCCUCCAAAGAUCACAGGAUUUGUCGAAUCACUAAAUAGAGAAAAGGCUACACAAGAAGCACAAACAUUUGAAAUCAAGAAUGGUCAAACUUUUUCUUCGAGAGUGCCAACACCUUUCCCUUCCAAGACACAGACACAAUACGUUCCGCAGAGUUCUUCAAAGCCUCAGUUCCAAAAUCCGCCUGAAACACAGUUCCAAAAUCCUCAAAAGCCACAGUUUACUCCACUCAAACCACAGUUUCAGAACCCACCUAAAACUCUUUAUCAAAGUCCUCCUAAAACUCAGUUUCAAAGUCAGCCUAAACCCCAAUAUCAACCACCUAAACCUCCAGUCACUCAUCCUCCAACAUUCCCCAAACUUCACACCACUUCUGAGCGAUUUGGUAAUUUACCUUUCAGGCACUCAUUCCACAUCAACAGUCAAGUUACACAUUUCCAUGAACCAAAUUAUCAAGAUCAGUAUUCCGAUCAUGAAUCUCAACCGUCGUCUCAACCCCAGACUGAAGCACCAAAGCAGUACGAUUUUGGUGACUAUGAAGAUGAUUAUUACGACGAAAAACCUCAUUCUUCGACUAUUACACCUUAUUUGCUUCAUCAGCUAAAGGUCAACCAAGUACAGAGUGCCAGUCAGGCUAAAGUGAGUGAAUCUUCUAAUCACGGUAGCUUUGUAAGAGAAGUAUCUUCUUCGUCUAGUAAGCCUUUCAACGUUCCCUCGUACAGAAGUGUAACGACUCCUGAAAUCGCCAUCAUCACAGCCACGAGUACUACGUCUUCUUCAAGUGUGAAAACAGGGAAACCUCUCCAAAGUGCCAUACAGCAAUUCAAGAAAAAUCCAACAGGCUCAGGAUACGUUGACUCUUUGUUUCAGACCUCCAAUUCUAGUGAUACUGAACAUUACGUGACAGGUCCUCAGUCUUACGACGACUACAAGGAAGGAGAUGUACGCUCAGAUCCGUUCUAUAAAGAUGUGCCAAAAAUUUCUAGGAGUAAAAGAAACAUAGUGAAUGAUGUAGAUAAAGAAAACUCAGUGACUACGGUAGACUAUACAUAUUUAAGAAAACUAAAGGGCAAACUGUUAAAUAGUAUGUUCAAGUUGAAUAGUGAAGACGUGUUACAUGCUAUUUUAGGCGAAUAUUGCAAUAGUAAAGUUAAUUCUAGUGAUUUACUGUUGAAUUACUGUGCGAAUAACAAUCAUAAAAGCAGUGUUAGUGAUUACAAAUCCGGGGACGAAUGGGAGAUUGUACUACCAAAAGAAAACAAAGAUUUUUUGUACUUGGUCAAAACUAUUUCUAGUUCAACCGAGUCAGAAAAUUCCACAAGUAAUAUUUUACUAUUAGUUCACUUCCCAAGUGAAUUCAAGUCCAUCCGGGAUAGUAUUAUUAAGGGUUUGGAAGAUCAGGAACACUCUAAUAAGCUAUUAAAAGACGUACAAGUCAAUAGCUUAAAUAGUUCAAUCCACCAUAGAUUUAAGAGGGUUAAGAGAGAAAAUUUUAAGGGCGACAAAAGGAAAAGGAGUGAAAUGGCAAUGUGGAAAAAGUAUUUGAAAAAAGUCAUUCCAAAGUUAAAAAGGAGUAAAAGGCAGACACAAUCAAGUCCCUCUUACAAAAGUUCUGAGGGAGGCUCGGUUAGCGGCUCGUAUGACAGCCCUAGAGUGCGUCCAGUAGUAAGAGGUAGAGAAAGCCACACUCGCGAAAAUCAACAAAGAAGUCGAACAGUAGUAAGGAAAAGGCCUCAGUUUGUAGAACAAUCUGAAGAAACUGGGACUCAGCCAAUUCAUCAGAGGCCCACACAAAGAAGACUGCCUACCUCACGUACAGUACCAGUUCGACCUGUACUACCUGUAGAAGAAGAAGAAGAAAUUAAUGCCCAAAAAGAGUCACAUACUUUUAUUGUUCCUCCAAGGAGAAAACCUUCACGUCCUCAAGCACCUGCACGGUUGCCAAUUGAACUUGAGGAGCAGAACUACCCUCAUGAACUGCAAAAUUCAAGACCUUCAGCAAAUAUUACUCAAAGAAGACAACCGUCACGUCCUGAAGCACCUGCACAGUUGGCAAUUCAACAAGAGCAAAACUAUCCUCCAGAAUUUUUGCAAAAUUCCAGACCAGCGAAUAUUCCUCAAAGAAGACAACCAAAUCAACGUCUUCAGCCAUCAGAUUCUUUGCCAGAAACGCAUGAGCCAAGUCACACUGAAGAACAAUUUUCAAGACAUCCGUUGAGUGAUUCUUCACCAAUUAGUGAUAAGACUCUUGGUUCACCGUCAGCAGGUAGGAGGAAGCAAGGUACAAAGUAUCACUUUUGUGAAGGCCCGCAAUGUUUUAAGGGAGCAGAGAAAGAAACAUUAGAUGAUGAGGUUGAAGUCUCUACAACGUAUCCGUUCAACCUCAAACCAGGGACAACAUUCAACUGCGAUGAUAAAAUCAAGGGAGGCUACUACGCUGAUGUGGAGGCUGAAUGCUACGGCUACUUCAUUUGCUCCCAAGGAGCUAUUAAUGGACCGUUACUAAAGAGCCACUUCUGGUGUGGACCAACCACCAAGUUCAACCAACGCAGUCGUACGUGUCAAGCUGAAGCUAACGUCGCUUGUUCUGUGUCCCACAGAUACUACCACCUCAACAAGGACAUCCUUUCACUACCAGAUCCUGACGACCUUGUAAGGGAUUCCUUUGAGCCAUCAAAGGUCAAGUCAUGAUCUUCAGAUUCACCGAGUACCUAUUCUUAGAAUAUAAUAUUGUUAAGGUUGAUAAUUCUACUCUAUUAUAAUGUAAAUGUGGCACAGAGCUAAUUUGAAAAAUCAAACAGUUAACCCCAAGCUCACUUUUAAAAAACUAUUUUUUCAAAGCUAUUGUUUAAAAAGUUUAAAUGUCGUAUUCAAUGCAUAACACCAUAGACAAAAAGAAUGAAAUAUAGACUGUCAGCCGUGCUGUGGUUACCAUGGUUACCAUAGGUUCCGGCGCACACCGCUGUAGUUUACGUAGCGCGUACGCCGUAACUACCGUGGCGCUCCCAGCGGUGUGCGCCAGAACCUAUGGUAACCGCAGCACAGCUGACGGUCUAUAUUUCAUUCUUUUUGUCUAUGAUAACACUGACCAUCCCUUGUGCUGAGUAAAUUGUAAACAUGGGUUGUAAACAAUCUGUACAAAAGCGGGAAUAUCAAAAUUUGAAUAUAAACCUUAACUUUAAUUGCAAGUCUUGCCACCAGAUUUAUCAGUUUUCUAUUCACUCCCCGCAAACCGACUGAGCUCUUGUCAUAGUGAAUAAUUUAUUUGCUCAUUUGUCCUUUUGUAUUCAGCUUUACCUGCGUACAUGUGGAUUUUGUUUAUUAUUAUGUGUAUAUUAAUGAAUGUUAAGAAUGAGUGAUUAGUUUAUGUAUUCUAUAUUCUGUUCCAAGUCUGGAUUAAAAAAGAAAAACCUAUUUCAUUACUCUGUAUAUACUUAUGAAGCAAAGAAUGUACUUAUAUUGUACUAAAAGUUUAAAAUAUGUUUGUAAGCAAAAAUAUGAGUUUAUAUUAUUAUCUAUCAACUGUAAAGAAAAUUAUAAGUCACACAAUUUACUUAGGUACUCUUAAUUUUUACUGAGGAAUAUAUAUUUUUAAAUUUUAUACUUAAAGUUGGAUUAAUUGUGAGAAUAUAAUCUGUGAUUGUUGUGUUUAUUGAUAGAUUUUGUAUCAUUACUUUGUAUCUAUAGUUUGUACAUGUGUAUAGUAUUGAUAUUGAUAGGAAAACUGACUACCAGUAGUUAAAUUACAAAAAUGAAUGUUAGUUUUCUAAGAUGUAAAUAAAUAUAUCAUUUCAGCAAGGUGUUUAA